UCAUCGUGCUGCGGACCGCGCUGCGCUGAAAGCAAUAAGAAUAGGAAAAACCGCAUUAAAAUCGCUGAAAAAGUGCACAAAUUGGCUUUAAAAUAUUGUUCAAAUACUAGUGUUACGUAUAUCAUAGAAAAGUUUUCGGAAUUCGAGCGCAGAACGGCUGAAAAAAGGCCCCGACAAAUACAGUAACUAAGCAUAGUAAAAGUGGGAUUAAAUGGCCGCCACUACCACAACCACAACACUAGCAACAACAACCACCGGCAAUAGUAGCACCAUCAACAACAACAACCACAGCAGCAGCAGCAGCAACAAUCACAUUGUAACGGUACACACCGUUCUGAACACUCCCACCAGCAUUGCAGCCGCUGCCGCAGCAGCCGGCGCGGCCGACGCCGCCACUGUUGCCAUCGCCAAGGACAUGUUGCAGCUGCAUCAUGGGGCUGCAGCAGUGCUGAAUAACAACAACAACAGCAGCAGCAGUGGUGCCGGUGGCAUCAACAGCUCGGAACUGACGACCGCUAGCAGCAACAACAACAACUCAGCAAACCACCCACCUGCCACAACCUCCUCCUCCUUAUCCGCAUCCGCAGCGGACUCGACAACGACACCGCCGUAUGGAGAGCUGCGCUUCAACCAGGAAGUGCUGCCCAUCACCGAUACCAUAACCGUCAUCGGACGCAACUCCUCCACGUCGCUGGUUCAUUUUAAUGUGGCCGAGAACAAUCUGGUCUCGCGGAAGCACUUCCAGGUGCUCUACGACUUGGAGGUGCGCGCCUUCUUUGUGCAGUGCCUCAGCAAGAACGGCAUUUUCGUCGAUGAUUUUCUGCAGCGUCGCAAUGUGGAUCCUCUGAGGCUGCCGCAGCGAUGCUACUUUCGCUUCCCCAGCACGGAGAUUCGGAUAGAGUUUGAGAGCUACGUGGCCGCCCUGGCGAACGUUGUUCCAGACGCUGCCUCCUCCCCAGCCUUGGCCACGGUCGCGGCUAGCCAUGCGGGAAACAACCACAAUGCCAUUGGCAGCACUGGUGCCCAUGUCAUCAUCACACCGCCGCCACGAGACGAUCUGCAGCAGCAGCAGCACCAUCACAGCCAACAGCAGCAGCAACAGCAUCAGCCAGCGCAUCAUCUGCUACAGCAGCAACAGCAACACCAGCAGCUACCUUCGCUCCCCCCACUCCCACAUGCACCUAUCCACCCGCUUCACCAUUCAGUCCUUCAGCAGCAGCAGCAGAGGGGCGGCAAUGUCGUUGUGGUGCCUCAAGCAGCGCCGGCCCAUCUGAUAGCCGCCGGUGACGGUACCGGCAUCUACGCACCGCUCAAGAUAUCCAUACCCAAGAAGGAGCAGAAGAGCCCCUAUCUAUCACCAACUGGUACAAUUAGCGCCGCCAACAGCUGUCCGGCUAGUCCUCGUCAGGGUUUCCAUCAGAAUCAGCCCAACAAUUACAACAACUACAGCAACAACAAUACGCAGGAGCUGUUCCAGACUCCCUCCACAGCCAGCUAUAACCACAACGAGAAGCCGCCGUACAGCUACGCUCAGCUGAUUGUCCAAGCAAUAUCCGCCGCGCCAGACAAGCAGCUGACGCUCUCGGGCAUUUAUUCGUUCAUUGUCAAGCACUAUCCGUACUACCGCAAGGAAACGAACAAGGGCUGGCAGAAUUCCAUUCGUCAUAAUCUCAGUUUGAAUAGGUAUUUCAUCAAGGUGGCUCGCUCGCAAGACGAGCCAGGCAAGGGCUCUUUCUGGCGCAUCGACCCGGACAGCGGGGCCAAGCUGAUUGAUCAUAGCUACAAGAAGCGUCGUCAGCGCAGUAGCCAGGGUUUCCGUCCGCCCUAUGGCAUGCCCCGUUCGGCGCCGGUUUCCCCGAGCCACAUGGAUAACUCGCGCGAGAGCUCGCCACUUCAGGAUAUUGUGCUGCAAUCAGCACCUGGAUCGCCAGGCAUGUCGAUGGAACAGCGCGCUGCUGAUGCCGAAAUCAUCUAUAAUUCUCAGAAUGCACACCAGCAACAGCAGCACCAACAACAGCAACAACAACAACAGCAGCAACAACAGCAGACGCUGUCCAAUAAUUCCAAUCAGUACAGCAGCGGCAGUCCGUACUAUGUAACCAAUCAAAAUUCCGGCGUAGCCGUGCAGCAGGCGCAUACAGAGGGUGGUGUGAGUGCAGGUGGUGUCGGAGCUUUGAUUGCGCUAAAGCGAAACCAUGUGACGGCCGGAGGACCCCACCCGACCACUGCCACGCUUCACCAUCAGCAGCAGGCGGCGGUGCAGCAGCAGCAGCAUCAAGAGAUUAUCUACGAGGAGUUGCCAACCGACUACAGUGGCCACAUCGACGCCAGCGAGGAGGAGUGCGUCACUACUGCCGAUGCUACCGUGGCCAAAAGACCCAAAUAUGUGUCCGAGGUGCUCUGAUGCGUGCGCAUUCAGAAGCAUAAGCCAAGCAAGGGCAAAUAGUAGGAGCAGUAAGAGCCGGCGGACGGACGGACACGGAAACUCAGUAAAGAUCAGCAAGCAGAGCAGAGCGGAACGGAACGGAGCGCACGCGAAGAGAUGAUUAGAAGCAAAACAAAAAGUAUCUCCAUCUUGUAUAUUGAAUUUGCCAAUCCAACAACCUAGAAACCUAGAAAAAAAAGAAUCCAAACAAAAUACCAAAACCCUAACGCGAACGAAAAGUUGUAUAAAAAUUGAUUUAUGGAAUAUUUGAUGAACGGCCACCAGCCCAAUCCAAUGCCUGGCCGUGCAUCCGUACAACGGAAUGCACCAUUUUCCAAAACUUGAGACCCCCAAGCUACCACUUAACCUUACCCCUACCCUUACCUUACCAACCCCCUAGAUCUGACGAAUUCAAUAUGCUCGAUGACGCUACUCUCUAAGUAAUAUAUUAGAUUUAAGUUUAAAGCGAAAGUAAAACAGCAAACAAACAAAAUUAUAUAAAUAUAUAUAUAUACAUAUAUAUAUAUAUAUUCGAUUGAUUAUUGUAAUGAUUGAUUAUGAUUAUGAUGUUUAAGAUGUUAUAGCUAUGUGACCGAAUUGUGCAAGGAGCGAUAAAGUAGGGGACAACCACGUGACAACCAACCAACCACAAAAGUAACAAAAAAAAAAAAUACAAACAGGCGAAUGAAUAUCUACCUAUCUACAUACCUUUACCUAUAUCGAUUUAAAAACAUUAAA